GAAUCGAUCCCAGGAUUACCUGAAACCGAGAAGAGGGCUCUAACCACUUGAGGUAUCCCUCACUCUCAGGGUUACUCGGACAGUGUUAUAGCUUUAUAGGGGUUACUCGAUUAAUGUUAUAAGAAAACUUUGUUAUUUUACAAGUAGUCAUGGUAUGACCAGCCAUACACAAAACGUAUUGAUUAAAUUAUUUAAAAAAACAUAAACAUAAAAAUAAAGUUAAAAUAAAAGCUACUCAAUUUAUUAAAGCUAGCCUAUAUAUAAAAAGAAUUUGCAGAAACAAAAUCAUAGAAAAACAGAAACAGAGAAAACGUACUUAUUAUAACUUGAUCUUUCUCACUUUCUCUCUCCUCAUUUUAUUUUUUACCCCAGAUUACCAAAUUGUCUUAAUCGCCGAAAGUGAAAAAGAGAUAAAUAAAUUGGAAUGAGCUGAAAAAGGUUGAUUCUUGAAGAUACUUUUACAGAAUUACUGCAUAGAUCUCUGUUUUCUGUAUGGCUCAUUCUCUCUCCUCCCAUUGCAAUUCCUGAUUUCUGAUCAAGAGAAGGGGAGUUGUGGAGGAAUAUAUUCGAGUCUUAUUUCUUGCCUCGAUGAAAUAUCAAAUGUGAAGGAAUUGUUGCAAUUGCAAUGGAUAUGGAGAGCGGUAUGAGCACGAGCACUGCCACUGCCACCCCCACCCCCACCCCCACCCCCACCACCACCGCCAUCAUCACCGUGAAGGAAAAGUAUCCGGGAGUAAUCAAAGACGGGUCUUGGUUUGCCCAAUUUCGUUAUGGUUGUAAUCCAUGGAUGGCUAGAUAUGUAUAUGGAUUCAUUUUCCUCAUUACAAAUUUUCUAGCAUGGGCUAUUCGGGAUUAUGGCAAAGGUGCAAUGAAAGAGAUGGCAAGAUUGAGAGGAUGCAAAGCUGGUACAGACUGUUUGGGCACUGAAGGAGUACUGCGCAUAAGCAUGGGAUGUUUUUUAUUUUUCUUCGCGAUGUUCCUUUCCACUGUCGGUACCUCAAAAGUGCAUGAUCAAAGAGAUACUUGGCAUUCAGGCUGGUGGUCUGCAAAAUCUAGCAUGUUUUUUGUGCUUAUGAUUAUUCCAUUUCUCCUUCCAACCCCAAUCGUCGAGAUGUAUGGAGAGAUCGCUCACUUUGGUGCUGGGAUCUUUCUCUUAAUCCAGCUUGUAAGUGUGAUUAAUUUCAUUUUCUGGCUGAAUGAUUGUUGCCAGUCAGAGAAGUAUGCAGAUAGAUGCCGUGUCCAUAUGAUGUUUACUGCCACCACCGCGUAUGUUCUGAGCAUAGUUGGGAUAAUCUUGAUGUACAUCUGGUAUGCACCAGAAACAUCAUGUCUCCAGAACAUUUUUUUCAUCACUUGGACUCUCGUACUUCUGCAGUUGAUGACAAGCGUCUCCAUGCAACCUAGAAUCAGUGCUGGAUACCUGACUCCUGGGUUAAUGGGACUUUACAUUGUGUAUCUAUGCUGGGGUGCAAUCCGAAGUGAGCCUCCAGGAACGAAAUGCAACAAGAGGUCGGAAUCUUCAAAUCAAACCGACUGGCUUACUAUCAUUAGCUUUGUUGUUGCACUACUCACCAUAGUGAUCGCAACCUUUUCAACAGGCAUUGAUUCCCAAUGCUUUCAGUUCAAGAAAAAAGAGAAACAACCAGACGACGAUGGUAUUCCAUAUGGUUAUGGUUUCUUCCAUUUUGUUUUUGCAACUGGAGCCAUGUACUUUGCAAUGCUACUCAUCGGUUGGAAUACACAUCAUGCAAUGAAGAAGUGGACAAUUGAUGUAGGUUGGACAAGCACUUGGGUCAGAGUAGUGAAUGAAUGGAUAGCAGCUUGUGUAUACAUAUGGAUGCUUGUAGCACCAGUAAUACUAAAGAGCAGACAAGCAGAUGAAUUCCCCUGAAAAAAAUAACAGCCUUAUUUAUUCUUUAUCAAAAUUUGCCCAUCUAAAGCUGUCUUCAUUGACAUUGACAAGAGAAGAAAAGACAAAUAUCAGAAUUCUGGAGAAAUUUGGCUUUUUGUGUUGGCAAUUGGUAUACAUACAACUCGUACUUUCGUAGGGGUGUUCAAAUGUACCCGACCCGAUUGACUCGGUAUACAUACAACUAUACAAUAUCAGUAAUUUGUACCGUCCUCGUGACUGAUGAAAUGACUAGUACAAACUACAAUUCUACAGAAGGGUUUCCUGAUGGUUUUUGUGAUAUCACAAUAUUCAUUUGUAUAUAGGGUACUAUAUUUUUUCUUAUUUAGAGAUGAAGAAAAAAAAUAUAUAUUUAGUGUUAGGUGUUACCAAAACAAUUUUGAUCUCCCUUUCUUUUAGAAGCUUAGAUUUUCUAGUAUGGGAUGAGAAUACAUGUAAGUCUGUGAUUCAAGAAACCGAGGAUGCGCAUACCAAAAUAAGCAAUUAUGAUUUAAAGAUGGUUAAGAGGUCAAGAUCUCUCAAAGUCAUCAAGCAAGCCGGGGAACAAACCAAAGAUCAGUAGUGACAAAUGAAAUUUUUGAAAGACUUCAAUAAUGAGAAAUAUCAGCUGUUUUUCCCCUGCAUACGGAAGGAUGUGUGAUUCUGAAGGGCGUAAUGGAAGCAAAGGCAAGGAAUAUUGAGCAGAUUUCGAUUUUAACUGAUUCAGAAAAGAUCUGCAAGACUGCAACUUAGUUUAAGUCUAGAGCGUUGGGAUCGCAUGACAUCUCCUCAGUGCAAAAUGAUGUUAGAACAAUAUGAAGCUUUUUCUCCUUUUGCUCGCUGAUAAUUGUUAGCGGAGGAAAUAUAGUGUUAGUCCAUGAUCUUGCAGGAAAGGCUGAAGUGGUUAAUACUCUUUUUA